AUGAACGGGCUCGGUGGCGGCCUAGCCCAGCUCGCUUGCGCGGGACGAACAGGCUCCAUCGCGACGGAGCGAGAACGAGCACCGCGAAGCGGGCCAAAUACCGAGUGGGAAAUCGGGAAGGGGCGUGAUCCGAGGGUGUUCACCAGGAUCGGACAUAACUUCGCGGCCAUGAUUGGUUACGGAGAAAAAGCUGGGAUGAGAAAAGGGGCAAAUGCGGUAGUUAUCGUGCCCCGUACUCUAUACGUCCUCCGUAUGUACCCCCGGUCCAAUGCCGGUCAACCCUACACUAACACCUACACCAACACCUACACCAACACCUACACCUACACCUACACCUACACCUACACCUACACCUACACCUACACCCACGAGGUGCGCCGGAGCAUGUCUCAAGAGGGGAUGGCGGACAGCCCACGGGGAUAG